AGAGUCGAUCGAACGAUAGCUUGUCAGCGUGAACGUGAAAGUCUUUCAUUACUUUCAUAUAGUUGUUCUGUAUUUUUGGUGCCUAGUGGGUGUGCUAACAAGUGACUUCGGCUGCUUUUGUUUUACUUGGUGCUAAAAUACUAAUUUCAGGAUGCCUGCAGCAGUGCCUCCAGAAAAUGGCGCGCCGCGGAGCGAACUCGAGCAGCUCCAGAUGCGCGCCGGUCAGGUCACUGACGAGUCAUUGGAGUCCACACGGCGCAUGAUGCAGCUAUGCGAGGAGAGCAAGGAGGCCGGCAUUCGUACUCUGGUCGCUCUAGACGACCAGGGAGAACAAUUGGAUAGGAUCGAGGAGGGAAUGGACCAAAUCAACGCGGACAUGCGAGAGGCCGAGAAGAAUCUGUCCGGGAUGGAGAAGUGCUGCGGCAUCUGCGCACUGCCUUGCAAUAAAGGAGCGUCGUUCAAGGAGGAUGAUGGUACAUGGAAGGGCAACGAUGACGGAAAGGUAGUCAACAACCAGCCGCAGCGAGUCAUGGACGAGCGAAACGGUAUAGGACCACAAGCCGGUUACAUAGGCAGGAUAACAAAUGACGCCCGCGAGGAUGAGAUGGAAGAGAACAUGGGUCAAGUGAACACAAUGAUUGGCAACUUGCGCAACAUGGCGCUCGACAUGGGCUCUGAGCUCGAGAACCAGAACCGCCAGAUCGACCGCAUCAAUCGCAAGGGUGAAAGCAACGAGACCCGCAUAGCAGUAGCGAACCAGCGAGCGAACAAGCUGCUCAAAUCUUAAACAUCGAGUCGUUUAGUAUUCUAGAUUUAUGUAUUUGACGAUACCUACCAAUAAUAUUACACUUACCUCAUAUAUGAGUCUCUAUUUUGUUGCUCGAUUGUACCUUUUAGAGUAAAAUGUGUAGUUGACUUUAUAUAGCAACUAUCAAAUAAACUUUAGUUAACUACGAUGUGAAUUUGCUCAUAAAAUUUAAAAACCAAUUUUAAUGUCCUGUAUUAUUUAUCAUAUUUGGCAAAACAUAUAUUAUUUUUGAAUUUUGUUACUAAGCACAAAUUUUACUUUAUCUAUGGCUUUUUAACAUAUUUUUUAGCACGGUAAAGUUUGAUAUUUGGUCGAUUAACGUCAUUUUACAUAAAUCAGGUUUCAAUCCUUGGUAAGUUAUUAAGAAUGAACGAUUUAUCCUAAUUUCCAAGUCGAUUACAAGAAAAGCUACAACCAUAUCAAGGCAUUUAAAGAAGAGUUGUUUAAAAGAUGUUAAAAAAAGCUCAUUUGAAUACGUUACCAAAUAUAUUCUAAAUUAUAAUAUAUACACAUUUGAAAUCAAUAAUCACUAAAAACAAUAUUAAAUUGACUUGUAAUCGACUAUUAUAUUUUAUUAUUGAAAGUUUGGCCCACAUUGUAAGUACAUAUGUAUAUUCGGACAGUGAUAGAUUCUAGAAUGCAGUAAAUGAAUUUUGCUGCGCGAGCCAGAAGUCAUACAUAUAUUUUUGAUUAGUCUCAUAUUAAAAAUUAAUGAAAGGUCUUAAUCAUGUAGCUUACAUUUUAAUAAGAGGCCAGUAUAAUGAAUAAGUAUGUUGAACCCAAACUGAUGAGCGUUUUUUUUGCGUCGUUUUAUCUUUAGAUCUUUUUUUUUUUUCAAAACCUUAGGAUUCUUUUAUAAACCACGACACAGAUGGGGGAGCUGCCGCGAGUGUCAAGAAUGCGACGGGUCUUGACCAAAGAGAUUUAAAUAUAUAAGUAUAUUAUAGAGCGGACAUAGGGAACAUUUGCAUACAAAAAAUUUGAGUUCGCGCGUGUGUAACCGCCCUCUAGCUAAACAUAGCAAAACUACGCUGAAUGUUUAUUAGGAAAACAUUUCAGCUAUUCCCCAGUAGGUGACGCUAAUAAAUGUAAGGUAAAACCCGUUUUAGGGAUGUUAUCGUUUCGACAUCAAAGUAUCGAUAAUGUUGUUGAAUGUUACUAAGUUUGCAAUGCUUUACUAUAUAAUAAUAGGGAAUAUGCGUGUUUUUUUAUUGUAUAAAUCUAUUUAUUAUGACUCCCAUCACCAAAAAUUAUAUAAACUUUUUACGUCAUGAAUGAAAUGAAAUGUCAUGAAAUAAAAUAUUUAAUUUCCAAUAACUAAGAAUUAAUUCAAACAGCAGUCACAUUGGUGGCAUCUUGGAUGACAUCACUAGGUCCAUUAGACGCUAUAAUAAUAGCAUAUGAUUGGUCGGUCGGCGUCGAAAGCACAUCGCGAAACGUCAAAACAAUUAGAGAGCGCCUCCAUGUUUUUCAAAUUCGUUUCUUUUAGACAAAUACACUUUAAAUCUAAUAUUUUAGGAAAGCACUGAACUUAAAAGUCGUUGCACGAUAAAUUAUUAUAUAAAUUCACAAGUUGGCGCGUUUACCGCUAAAAAGAACACCUUUGUCGUAUCUCCUCAAUUUCUAAAUACUAAAUGACACAAAUCCGAAAUAUAUUCUAUAGGACAUAAGUAAGAGGUGGUGACUAUUUUGUUGCUGAUGUCCGGUCUAUUACUACUGCUUAAAUGUAUUUGGUCUCGACUGACGUCUUUUCUCAAUUGAAUAAAGCAACAUAAUAUAUAUUUAUAAUUAUCCCUACCCUUUGCAAGCACGUGUAUGCAGAAUUUUUAAUUUUUUUUAUUCAAUAAGGGUGAUAAACUAGCACAUAGUCCACCUGAUGGUAAGUGGCCCAUAGACAUAAUCAAAAUACAGAUAUGUUGUCACCCCUGAGAACUAAAUUGGAAUGUCUCGUUACAAGUGAAAAUAGUCUUCGGUUUCCUACCCUCAUCAGCAUUAUUCUGCUGUUUCACACUAGUAUUCUUUGGGAGCGUGGUCCUACCCGGUCGAGCCAACCCAUCCGUACUGCAGCUGCGUAUAGUUAGAAUACCUGCAGCGUGGCACUACAACAUAAAAACACUCCAAUAUUAUCAUAUCACACUGCCGAUCGUUUAAAAAGCGCUCGUGAGUAUUUACCCUAACACUGUAAUUAGUAAUAACAUUAUUUAAUAAAUGGGCUUCUUAACGUUACUAGUCAUCGUAUGGACUAUUAUCUACAUUUAGAAUUUAAAAUUGGUCGGCUAUGUUAAUUUCAAUAUGUUUCGCAGCUAUACGCUUUGCCAACGUGACCUAUUUUUUUUUAUUUGUGUAAUGUGCCAAAACGUUUAAAUCCAAAACAAUAAAAAUAUACUUCACUUUCAAUAUAUGCAUAUCGAACUAGAAGUCUUGAAAUAUAGACCUAUACGUAUAUCCAAAAUAAUGAGCUAUUUGAAAUAUCACUUUCUUAAUAUAUUACAAACAUAAAUAAUCGAUAUUAAUAAUAGAUGCAGUUAAGAGUGUACCAAUUUAACUCUGUAGCGACCAUUUUAAACUUAUAUCCACCAACCUACUUGGUAGAUUUAUAUUUUAAUUAUAGAAAUACUGACAAUCAUAUGUGAUUUUAAAUAAUUCUUAGUUCAAUUUUAUGCAUUCAAUGUUGCGUAGAAACGUUAUAAAAUACUGUAGGCACCGUGAUAUUAACUUCUGGAUUAUUAAAAUGUAUUACUCUUGUAUAUUAAAUUUUUUUUAUAUUUAAUUGUCCUAAAAAAUAUCUUAGAAUAAAUUCUUAUGAUUCCCUGUACAUUUAAUAUGAUUUCCUUUAGUUAUAGAUUAAGAAAAUGGUGCCUGAAUUAACUUAUUAGGUUAUUUUUUUAAUUAUUUAAAAUAAAACUGGAUUUUUUAUAGAUUUUAUAGCUAAUAGCAUUUAUUUAUUUUUCAUUAACGCCGUUCUAUGAAAUAUGACAUUGUAUUAAAUAAAUAGUAAAACUACUCUAGUGUGAAUUUGAAUAAAGUAUAUAAUAUGUUCUAUGUAUAUUGUUAGAUAAUUCAGAUUAAACCGUUAAAAACCGUUAUAAAAAUUAUAGAGCAAUGUGAUAACAUAACAAAAUGCAAUAUUUUAUUAGAUAGUUGAGCAUUUGAAACUUUAUUGAAACCUACUUAAAGUAUGUUACUAUAAGUAUAACUAAUAAUGUGUACCGGCCUUAGGAGUAAUGAAUAUAGGAAUGUUAAAGGCGAGAUGGCUUAAAAGUUGUACUCAUGUACCAGCUAUAGAAAUAAGGGUUUUCUCGGAAUUUUUCUCUGUCUUUCUCUCAAUCAAAUUAGUUAAGCUGUACACGAAUACUAAUCUAAGUAAAAAUAUUUUAAUAAUUUAAAUGUGCAAUCUUUGUCGUCUCUAUGUCAUUGAAUUUUGUUGUAAUGCGCCGUUCUAGUUAUCAAUUAGGUGUGUUAAUCCGCCUGCGCAAUAUCUAUUCAUUUAUCAGCCUAAUUACAUACAAUAUAUAAAAAUUAAAAAAAUAUAUCUAUUUUCUUGAAAACAAAGUAACUUUACAGUUAGAAUGUAAUGUUAAUUUCUGAUUAAAUUAUUAAUUUGUU